AUGAUUCUACUUGGUCACUUCAAUGAAGACGUGGAUGGGUGGAUUUUCCGCGGUGAAAAACAGAAAUGGCUCAGCCCUGUAGUUCAAAAUGAAAUAAUAAAAAUUGCAGGAUUGCAAAUUACAAGAAAUUUGGUAAAAGAAAUAAAUGAAGCGAAGUAUUUCUCUUUAAUUGCUGACGAGACCCAAGAUAUAAGCAGGAAGGAACAAGUUUGUAUUCGAUUUGUUGACAAAGAUAUGUGCAUAAAGGAAAGCUUCCUGGGUAUGGUGGAGACAGACAACACCGACUCUGCUACAUUAGUGAAACUACUCAUGGAUGCAUUAUCUUCUGUUGGUAUUCCUCUGGAAAAUUGUGAUGUUUUCAAGAGUACAAAUGAGGCAGACACCGCAAUAUCUGUGCUGACCAAUGUUACGAAUUUUAUCAAGUCGUCCCCACAUCGUCUCGCUAUGUUUAAUAAUUUUUGUUUGAGUGAAGAUCGAGAUAACGUUGGAAGAAGUUUAAGGCCAAUGUGUCCUACCCGAUGGGUGAUAAGAUAUCCCGCUUUGGAUGCUUUUCUAGGGAACUAUCAACUAUGA